AUAAACUGACGAUUAUAUUUUACAACUGUCUAUUGAUUCUUGUGGUGUUUUUUUAGUUAAUAGUGAUCUAAAAUUAAUAGUAAUUAUUUUUUCGACACAAUGGCAGUUCUCGAUGCUUAUAAUCCUCUUCAAAAUGUAUCCUUACGAUUCAAUGAAGAUCAGCUAAAAGAAAUUGGCGAGUGGUUUGAGAAUAAUGCAAAACCUCAACUAACCAGUACUGAUGGUGAUCCUAUCAGAGCGAUAACAGUAGACAAAUUCGUGUCUUUCUUAAACCUUAAAAAGUUUCAUAGAAGGAAUUUCCAAUAUCCAAGUUAUGCAGAGGUAAUGAAUGAAGUAGAGAGAUUAAAAGCUGGAGCAUUACGACUAUUGACUAGAGAACAAGUAAUUUAUAUGUUGAAUAAAUGGGUUCUAGAACCAGACAUAAAACAUGAAUUGUGUUUAGCUUUCAAGGUUUUCGACACAGAGAAAAGAGGUUUUCUAGAAAUUGACGAACUAAAAACAAUUGUAACAAGCUACGCUGAACCAUUCUCGGAAGAGGAGACACGUGAAAUGCUACGUGAUGCAAAUGUCCGUGGCGAUGGAAAUGUAUUUUAUGAAAGUUUUGUUGAAAGCCUAUUCAGCGUUGCUCCUGAAUUAUAUGAAAUCAAGACAGACUAUUUAUACGAGGACCCUAAUGAAGAUCCAUCGGUUCCCCCUGAGCCUGUUGUUGUAGAAGAACCUCCACCUGUACCUGUUCCUUUACCAAUUAAGAAACCGAAAAACAAAAAAAAACAAUAACAUUUGUUCAUCUAAACCUAUUUUUAACACCAGUAUGAUGUGUUUCGUAUACAAAGUAGUUUAUUUAACGGCUUUAUUUUUAGAGAAAUCAUUAAAUUAAAUUUUACUUUGAAUAUA